AUCUCAACUUUUCAUCAGUUUGAGAUAAAUUGUGAACGUAUUGGCAACACCGCUCACAUUAUAGAUUGGAAAACUCUACAACACACUGUGUGUCGUUCGAUGAGCUGAUCGAAGGAGAACAAAAAAUUAUUUUUAUUUCGAAAUUGUAAUUUUAAAAUUCGUUUUCAACAAUGGCUGGAAGGUUUAUCGUUUGCUUUGUCGCUGCGUUCGCUUUAAUUCAACCGUUCAACAGCCUACCGGCAGCCGAACAUAAACCACACGAAGUGAUUUACCGCAAUUCGAAAGGAGAAUACUAUACCAGCGACGGUACGAUAUUAUCCGAUCAGUAUCCGAUAUACUUCCGGCAAAAUGCACAAGAACCGAAAAAGGACCAUGUCGUCAUCGUCGAACCCACAGUCACAUACACUCGUCAAGCCGAAUACACGUCCACCCAAGCAUCACCAGCGACCACUACAUUCCGAGCAUCGCCACAGGAAAGUCAAGCCAAUUUCCGGCCAUACCACGGCGGUGCAGAAACUGCGUCAACGGUUGCAUAUUAUCCGUAUUACAUUCGUGCCGCAUCAAGCAGCCAAAGUGAUACAAGUAAUCGUGUUGUAGUCGAUGUCGCUGAUCCAUCGUACCAACGAUUUGUGCCCAGAGACCAAGCGGUUCGGGACGAACGUGGUCAAAGUCAAACAUAUUAUUACUACAGUGACGGUCGUACACAGACGUCGUCACAAGCGCCACCAUCACUGCCGCCACCACCGCCACCACCUCAACCGACUAUUGCAUCAAGAUCGAGCGUCCGAUUCUAUUUCCCGAACGGCACUGCCAUUAACACCUACUACACUCAAGACAACAAGCAAGUCAUGGACAUCCAUCCCAACCAAUAUCUAAUUCAAGUGACCGAAUUGACCACAACAACUACAACACCACGUCCCACCACCACCGAUUGCCCACCAUAUCCUCAUCCAUGCAAUACGGUAGUCUACCAACAAACCACUCAGUGUUGCAAGUGUUAUCUGGUGCCGAGCCGUUGUUGCCCGUGUACCUAUCCCAAUCAAAAGAAAUAGAAUGUUCUGUCACUGGGAUGCGAUAUGCAUAUUAAAAUAGUCCUUGUAUUAUGAAACUGGUGGUAUGACCAAAACUAGCUUGUGAAAUGGGUUUAAAUAAAAAUCAAAAAGUUAAUCAGUCAAA